AUGACCUCUUCAGUAGAAAAGGGUUCUCAGUUCGAAAGUUACGUUUAUAAUAAAUUAAAAUCAACGAAAUUAUGUGUUUCUCGUACUAGUAGAGAACUGGAAGCGAAUCGUGGCCCUAUAGAUUACAUGUCGCCUUAUUACUCGAAAGCCUUUAUAGUUGUGGUGAAUAGGGUGUAUGAACUACUUCACGCAAGUAGUUCGCAAUAUAGAGAGAAUGCUGUUGAGAACAUGUUGGAGACUAUUUUGAGGAAGUUAGAAAAGGCAGAAGAGGACAGAAGGGAGAAGAAAAUAAAAUAUACAAAAAGAUUAAUCGGCUAG